ACCAAGGGAGACAAGUGGGGACAGGAUGGCAGUGCCUUGCAUGGAGCUGAACAACAAGAUGAAGAUGCCCAUCCUGGGGCUGGGCACCUGGCAGGCUCCUCCAGGGAAGGUGGAAGAAGUGGUGAAACACGCUAUCGAUGCUGGCUACCGCCACAUCGACUGUGCCUAUUUCUACCAGAAUGAGCAUGAAAUAGGGAAUGCAAUCAAGCACAAGGUCAAGGAGGGGGCUGUGAAGCGGGAAGACCUCUUCAUUGUCACUAAGUUGUGGAACACAUUUCAUGAGAAGUCCUUGGUAAGGGAAGGGUGCAAAAGGAGCCUUACUGCACUGCAACUGGACUACAUCGACCUGUACCUAAUGCACUACCCUAUGGGAUUCAAGGCUGGUGAAGAACUCUUGCCUGAAGAUGACAAAGGUAUGAUUAUUCCCAGUGACACAGAUUUUCUGGACACAUGGGAGGCCAUGGAAGAGCUGGUGGACUGCGGCAAGGUAAAAGCCAUUGGAAUCUCAAACUUUAACCAUGAACAGAUUGAGAGAAUCUUAAACAAGCCAGGAUUGAAAUACAAACCUGUAGUUAACCAGAUCGAGUGCCAUCCAUACCUGACCCAGGAGAAGCUGAUCAAGUACUGUCACUCUAAAGGAAUCGCCGUGACUGCAUACAGCCCCCUGGGCUCUCCUAAUCGGCCAUGGGCCAAACCAGGGGAACCUAUGCUGCUGGAGGAUCCUAAGAUUAAAGAGAUUGCAGCAAGACAUCAUAAAACCCCUGCCCAGGUUCUGAUCCGGUUCAUUAUCCAAAGGAACUUGGCUGUCAUUCCCAAGUCUGACAAACAGCAGCGCAUUAAGGAGAACAUGCAGGUGUUUGACUUCGAGCUGUCUAAAAAGGAGAUGGAUGUCAUCCUCAACUUUAACAGGAACUGGAGAGCGAUUCCAGUGCUGCAGUAUGUUCCUUAUUAUCUUUAUUAUCCAUCAGGCCUGUCUGUCUCUGUAUUUUCAUACCCUGUAUCUUGAAAGCAUGAGAGGUCUCUCAUGUAAAACUCUAGAGGUCAGGUAACAAGACAUUUCCUGCAAUGGACACCAGGAGGAAGAGUUUUCAGGGCCUUCCAUUCAGUAUCUUGUUUCAUAUGCUUGUUCUCAAGCCGUUACUACUACUAAUGACAGCUACCAGCUGCAAGGCUUGCGUAUGUUGGCAGUGAAGAAUGGAGACUACAGUAGAGAAAUGCAGCUGAAGACACCUGGUCCAACACUUAAAUAACCAAGUUCUUUCUCUUCUUAGGUCUGCGAAUCACAAGGACUACCCAUUCAGUGCAGAGUAUUAACACCUGCACUUUCAGCAACAUCCACAUCCUCCACCGCAAACCCUCUGGAUUAGGGAGUUCUAAUAGCUUCUAUAUCUAUGUAAUACUUCUAUAGCUGUGUCCUGAUUUCUUCUUUUGUACUCAACAGCCAUUGGGAGUGGUCACUUGUCCUUCUUUUUCAGGAGGACACCGCUAGCUGGUGAAAGAACGCAUCGAUGGGAAUGGGUCUUUUGUUGAGAGGUUUAGCAGAAAUCUGGUUUUACUUCUUUUUUUUAACUCAACGUCUCAUUUCUGUUUUUCCUUCUCCUGCUUAACUGAAAACAUGUUUAGCAAAUGAAGAAAACCCUCGUAAGUAACCAGAGUUUUUAUGUUGUUUUCAGUGCAGUAAGCCUUACUGGCUCAUGAGUGGCUGUUGAGGAAUGCGGUGCUUAUUUACUUUGCUUUUCAUAUAGUUGUGAUUUUUACAGUAUGAAUAAUUAAUGCUUUAAAGUUUUAUAUGAAUAAAGAUUGAGUAAAAGCAAACAAAAAAAGAGAAGUCUGAAUAACUUCAUCAGUCUGACACUUAGAUUUUUUUUCAUGUGGUCAAUUAUAAAAACACACCUGAAGUCUGGUUUUCAAAUUUUA